AUGGCUUCAGAAAUCAACAUGCCGGGCCCAGUGUGCCUCAUUGAGAACAUUGACCAGCAAUUGGUAGCCAACCAGGAAGCACUGGAUAUCCUGUCUGCUAUCAAGCAGCCUGUGGUGGUGGUAGCAAUAGUGGGCCUCUACCGCACAGGAAAAUCCUACCUGAUGAACAAGCUGGCUGGAAAGCGGAAUGGCUUCUCUCUGGGCUCCACGGUGCAGUCUCACACCAAGGGGAUCUGGAUGUGGUGUGUGCCUCAUCCCCAGAAUCCAGGACACACCCUGGUUCUACUUGACACAGAGGGCCUGGGAGAUAUAGAGAAGGGGGACAACCAGAAUGACUGCUGGAUCUUUGCCUUGGCAGUCCUCCUCAGCAGCACCUUCAUCUACAACAGCAUAGGAACCAUCAACCAGCAGGCCAUGGACCAACUACAAUAUGUGACAGAGCUGACUAACCUAAUCAAAUCAAAGUCAUCACCUGAGCGGAGUGACGAAGAUGACUCAGCUAACUUUGUGGGCUUCUUUCCAACCUUUGUGUGGACUCUGAGGGAUUUCUUCCUGCAGCUGGAAGCUAAUGAAGAUUCUAUCACUCCUGAUGACUACCUCGAGAGCUCACUGGCUCUGAGAAAAGGAACUGAUAAGAAAACUAAAAGGUUUAAUGAGCCUCGGCUAUGCAUCAGGAAGUACUUCCCAAAGAGGAAGUGCUUCGUCUUCGAAAGGCCUGCUCCAACAAAGCAACUUUCUAAACUAGAAACAGUUGCAGAAGAAGAGCUAAGUGAAGAUUUUGUAGAACAAGUUGCAAAAUUCACCUCAUACAUCUUCAGCUCUUCUGGUGUCAAGACCCUGUCUGGUGGCAUCUUAGUCAACGGGCCACGUCUACAGAGCCUGGUGCUGACCUAUGUCAAUGCCAUCAGAAGUGGAGAACUACCCUGCAUAGAGAGUGCUGUCCUGACUUUGGCCCAGAUAGAGAACUCAGCUGCAGUGCAAAAGGCCAUUGAGCACUAUGAAGAACAGAUGAACCAGAAGGUUCAGCUGCCCACAGAAACUCUCCAAGAGCUGCUGGACCUGCACAGGCCUAUUGAGAGUGAGGCCAUUGAGGUCUUCAUGAAGAAUUCUUUCAAGGAUGUAGACCAAAAGUUCCAGAAGGAAUUAAGGGUAAGUCUGGACGCCAAGCUGGAUGCCUUUGUUAAGAAGAACAUGGACGUGUCAUCAGCUCGUUGCUCAGAUUUGCUGGAGGAGAUCUUUGGUCCUCUGGAAAAAGAAGUGAAGAAGGGGACAUUUUCUAAACCAGGAGGUUACUACCACUUUCUUCAAAAGAAACAAGAGCUGGAGAAAAAGUAUAAUCAGGCUCCUGGAAAAGGGCUCCAGGCUGAAGAGAUGCUGAAAAAGUACGUUGAGUCCAAGAACGAUGUGGCUGAAACACUUCUAAAGACGGAUCAGUCACUCACAGAAAAAGAAAAGGAGAUUGAAGCGGAACGUAUAAAGGCUGAAGCUGCAGAGGCUGCAAACAGAGAAUUGAAGGAAAUGCAAAAGAAGCAUGAACUGAUGAUGGAAGAGAAGGACAAGAGUUACCAGGAGCAUGUGAAACAGAUGACUGAGAAGAUGGAGAAGGAACGGGAGGAGAUGAAGGCAGAACAAGAAAGAAUCAUAUCCCUUAAACUUAAGGAACAGGAAAGGCUUCUCAAGGAAGGAUUUUCGAAUGAGAGCAGGAAACUUCUUCAAGAGAUGGAGGAAAUCAAGAAAAUGAAGCCACAAUGCACCAUACUCUAA